CGAGCGGCGGAGUCGCAGGGCUCAAUCAGCCUCACAACCCGGAGAUCACGAUUGCAGCGCAAACCAAGACUUGCACGCUCAACCAACCGCGCCACCUCAGGGCGCCUCGCUUCUGGCCUCUAUGCCCGUACCUGGCCUGUUGUCAAAUCUCAUUCUUUUCCUCCCACCACCAAGCUGGAAGUGCCAAAGGCUUGAGAAGACCUCAUAGUGAAUACCGCCUGGAAUCCCAACAGAGACCCCCGGCAUGCUCUGGGCAUGGCCUCUGGAGCCCCACCGCAGAGCAGCCACACGGCAGAGGAGAUCCCAGGCUUCCUGGACGCCUUCCUCUGCGACUUUCCAGCCCCGCUGAGCCUGGAGCCCCCUUUGCCAUGGAAGCUCCCGGGACCUGUGCUGAGCCAGGAGGAGGUGGAAGGCGAGCUGACCGAGCUGGCGAUGGGCUUCCUGAGCAACAGGAGCGCUCCACCUCCACUUGCUGCAUCUCUGGCCCAUGAGGCAGUUUCCCAGCUGCUACAGACCGACCUUUCUGAAUUCAGGAAGUUGCCCAGGCAGGAGGAGGAAGAAGAUGACGAUGAGGAAGAGAAGGCCCCUGUGACCUUGCUGGAUGCCAAGGGCCUGGCACGAAGCUGCUUUAACCAGCUCUGGGAAGUAUGCAGCCAGUGGCAGAAGCAGGUGCCCUCAACUGCCCAGGUUCCUCAGCGGCAGUGGCUGGUCUCCAUGCAUGCCAUCCGGAAUACACGCCGCAAGAUGGAGGACCGGCAUGUGUGCCUUCCCGCCUUCAAUCAGCUCUUCGGCCUGUCGGACCCCGUGGACCGAGCCUACUUUGCCGUGUUCGAUGGUCACGGAGGGGUGGACGCUGCACAGUACGCCGCCGUGCACGUGCACACCAAUCUGGCCCGCCAGCCGGAGCUGCUCACGGACCCCGCGGGAGCCCUCAGAGAAGCCUUCCGGCACACCGAUGAGAUGUUUCUCUGGAAAGCCAAGCGAGAGCGGCUGCAGAGCGGCACUACAGGGGUGUGCGCACUCAUCGUGGGAAAGACCCUGCACAUCGCCUGGCUUGGGGACUCCCAGGUCAUCCUGGUGCAGCAGGGACAGGUGGUGAAGCUGAUGGAGCCUCACAGGCCUGAGCGACAGGAUGAGAAGGAGCGCAUUGAGGCGCUGGGCGGCUUCGUGUCCCACAUGGACUGCUGGAGAGUCAACGGGACCCUGGCCGUGUCCAGAGCCAUCGGGGACGUGUUCCAGAAGCCCUACGUGUCAGGGGAGGCGGACUCGGCCUCUCGGGAGCUGACGGGCUCCGAGGACUACCUGCUGCUGGCCUGCGACGGCUUCUUCGACGUCGUCCCCCACCAGGAGGUCGCGGGCCUCGUCCACAGCCACCUGGCCCGGCAGCAGGGCAGCGGGCUGCAGGUUGCCGAGGAGCUGGUGGCCGCGGCCCGGGAGCGGGGCUCCCACGACAACAUCACGGUCAUGGUGGUCUUCCUCAGGGACCCCCGAGACCUACUGAAGGGCGGGGCCCAGGGGACAGGGGAUGUGCCCUCUGGCCUCUCACAGCCAGAGACCAGCACUCCGCAGAGCAGCUAGGAGGUGUAGGCCCCCUGCCCCCACCCGCACCCCUCCCCUCAGAUGCCUUAGGACCCGACAGGCGGUGGCGGGCAGGCGGGUGCCAUCCUCAGUGCUUCCCCAGGGCCCCGAACCCCCUGCUCGCAUCAGUCCAUCCUGGUGUCUGGGGAACUGCACUGGGUGGUGGUGUUAUUCAUGCCCCGCUCGGGCAGGCAGUGGGGUGGCCUGGAUCCCCAAAGGAGGCCUAGGGAAGAGACCUCACCAAAGAGAAGAUGACCCAAGAAGUGGAGCAGCUCUUGCUCCCAGCCCCACUGGGUAGGGGCAGGGCCAGAGGCCACAGGCGCGGGCCACAGCCAGACCAAAGACACUGGGCCUGUGCCCGGGGCAGCAGGAUGCUGCACGUGAGUCCCCGGGCAGACCCAGGAGCGACGGACAUUUCCAAGCGUGUCCUGGGCGCCUGGCUCAGGCUUCUCGUUUGCUCCUCACUGGCCACGGCUGGGAGGCCCCAGUCUCUACAGAUGGGCCUGGCUGGGCCUGGCCUGCCAAGCUGGCUUCCCGAGUGGGGAGAGCGGCCCCUGGGGAGGGAGGCGCACCAGGGAUCUGGUCUGCAGUGGGUGCUCACGGCCCCCAGCCUCCCUGCCCCCCUGCCCCCCCAUCCCGCGCACACCCAGGGAGGGGGAGGUCAGAACGAUGACACGUGUGUCUUUUUAUUUGUGGGCUUUUUCCCCCCCAGGGAAGUCUAACUCAGAAGCAGUAUUUCAGGUUUUUGCCUUUGUUUUGUCAGUGCCAAGUUGACCUGUUGUGUCAUAUAACUUAAGCAGAGCUUAGCAUUUAUUUUAUUCUUAGAAAACUUAAGUAUUGAUUUUUUUUUUUUUGAAGAAACUUCUUUUGCAGUAUUACUGAAUUUUUUUUUCCUAAAUCAGGAUUGAAACAAACACUUUUCCAGGUGGUGUUAAUAAGCCAUUCAAGUGCCUUAAACAGCUUUAGGUAAGGCUAGACCCGCCGGGCCUGGGACGGAUUCUAAUAGGCAUGCUUCAGUUUUUUACAAAAGCAGGAUUUAUUUUGUUCUAGUGGCAUGAUUUUGGCUAGAAUUCUUCCCGGACGAGUUCUUUCCACUUGUCAUGAUUCCAUUCGCUGCUGGAAGUUAGCAAAGCAGCCCCUAAGAGCGUAGGCUGUGCUGUGCUACCUGGGCCAGACCACGGGCCUCCGGGAGCUCCGGGUGACCAUGGCCCCGCCAGCCUCCCUCCACACCUUGGCCUUGCUGCUCAUGUCUCAUGUCUCAUGUCUCUGGUUGGUGCCCAGGCUGAGGGACUGAGCUCCUUGAAGCGGGUUCCUCGUUUGACUGGAAUGUUCUAGAAUGUCUUGUGUUAGUAAUCGAGUCGGUUUCAUUGGGAAACACGCUGAAGAGGCCUUGGCAAGUCCGAAGCAGGCUGGGGGGCUUUGGCUUGGUUUGGAGCCUGUCCCGCUCACCUGCCCCACAGCCCCCAAAACCCUCCUGUCUCCCGCUCGCCAUGGCUGUCACCCUCUGCCACCUGGCUCUGCCCACAGCCUAACUGCCUCAGGGAGGGCUCCACAUUCCCUAGCAUGCUCUGGGCAGGUGAGGCUUGGGAGCCACGAAACCCCAGGUGCCUGGCUGCUCACAUCCAGUGAGGCGGAUAUGGCAUGUGUGUCAAGUUGGAAGUGGCAGGUUAGGUGGAGUCCAGGCAGAAGUCAAGGGCCAUGAGAGAGGGAUCUCUGGUGGGAGGACCCAGGCCUACAGGCCUGGGAAGAGCAUUAGGUAGCUGAGCUGAGGCUUCUAGAGAAUGUCGCUGGGAGAUGGGCAGCAGGAGGGAGCUUGGCACCAGCCCCCAGGCCAGGAGGUCCGCAGAGUCCACCCGCAGUAGCCAGGCCCCAGCAAAGAGAGCGCAGGGAGGACCCUGAUCGCGUGCACAGAGGGAGCCCUGCUGACGAGGAAGCGGGCAGUUGGGAGCCUCGGGGGCCCUCAGCCCAGGGAAGGGCAGUGGGUGAGAUGCCCCCCUCCAGGCCCCAGACAAGCGGACCCUGACACAGGAAGGGAGGGAGCCAGCUCGGGCAGGCAGUGGGGCAGUGAGGUGCCACCCGCAGGCUCGGCGCUUACCCCUCACUCCCACAGCAGGGAUAGAGCUGCUCGGAUGAUGGGGUCAGUGCCGUGGAAAUGAUGGGAAGUACCUUAAACACCACAAUUCCAAGAAGGUUUGGUAGGAGCCAACAGUGACCUUGUGUUGCCCCACUUAACCGGAAGGCCCUGCUGCUCUCCGGGGGUCCAAAGCCCUUCUUCGGCCCUUCCCGGCCCAGGGCCGGCAGGAGGUGGCACGUGGCCCUGCCCUUCACCACCAGCCUGGCUGCUCCUGGGCAUGAUCUUAGCAGAUGGAGGAAGCACGAGCUUCUGUUUUUCUCAUUUCUUUGCUAAUCUUAUUCCGUGAUUGCCAUCAGGAGUGCGGCUUCACCCGUGGGGCCCGGAUCCCCCACGUGAUGGUCUGACUCCUGCCCGGGCUCGAGGCUCUCCCAGGAGAUCUCUCCAGGCUUGUCCCAGUGCCCACCCCGCCUCUGGCAGAGGCCUCUGCUGUCUGGUGCUGCCCAUCCUUGCCUUGGGGCUGAGGGCGCCCUUGUUCAUGCUGCACAGACGCUGGCUUUGUGCAAGCACCUAGGCACAGAGGCCUCUUCCCUCUUGACCAGGGGCUGGUCAGCCUUGAAAGUCCUGGCCCCCCUUCUCUUCAGGCCACAGUCCGAGGAGGGCCCCUAGCCGGGCCCCCCUUCCCAACCCUCGCCUUGCCACUAGCUCAUUGUGUGAGCUGAGCAAGUCCUGGAGCCUUCCUGGGCCUCAGUUUCUCCUUUAGAGGGUACAGGGUUGCACUGGAUUUGUGUGGCAGAUCCUGGAAUUCUGGAGGUUCAGGGGCCAGCCUGGUGCAUCCUGGGGAGCCGCGGCCAGUGCCGCGGGAGCCCCCCCCCCCCCCGCCCCGACCGCCAGCAGGGAGGGGUGAUGAAGUAUUAUUAGUGUCUAUUCUUGCAGCUAAGUGGGUUGGAAGAGAAAGGAGCCGCAGACGCUGGCGCCGUAUGUGGAUCACAAGCUGGGGCCCAGGUGGAGCUGAGCCCAGGCAGCGGCAGGGGGGCAGCAGGUGCCAGGCCCGGGGACAAGGCAGGGCUCGGCCGCGCCCUCCGCGCCCAGUCGUGCUGCCAGCCUGCUGCCGUGCGGGGCCGGGUGCGCGGCCUCCCCGACCUCGCUUGUCCUCGCGCCCAGGACUAGGAAAGGGGUGCGCUGCAGGGGGGAUGGUGGCGGGCCCAGGCCCCCCUGGAGAGGCCCGGAGCCAGCCUUGGGCCGCAGCCCCGUGUCCCGCCCCCCUCCCUCGUGGGUGCCCUGGCUACCUCAGCAGUAUUCCAGGGCUCGGGCGCGGCCCGGGCGGGUCUAGGCCUGGCCCUGACGGGGGCUGCACCGAAGCCCAAUGGGCCCGUGCAAAAUAAGCUGGUUUGGGUUUGCUUCUGCCUGUAGCCCACGGGAGGCAGCCCCAGGAGGCCCGCGCUUCUCGUCGAGGCUCCACAGCUUUGCCAAAUGCGCCGAGCUUUGCCAUUCAGUGCGCCGUGCCAGCCUUGCCAAGGGUUCAUCUCUGCACGUCUCAGCAGGGCUCCUGGGAGAGGUGUUCUCUGCAAGGGGCGUCUUGUUCCAAGACGGGAUGGCCAUUGCCCUUGUCUGCAGGGCCAAGUCCCAGGAUGUGGGGGCAGAAACUCAGUCUCCUCCCAGGGGUCACUGUGCUCAAGUGUCAAUAAACCACGAGUUUUGAAACCCUGA